AGAUACAUGUAUGUGUGUAUAUGUAUGAAGCUGAUUUGGAAGUGUCAGCGAUCCAGAAGAGUGGAGCAUUGAAUGCAUCUUUUAUGAAAUCUUUGUUUGUUGCUUUGGAAGUGGAUGCAUGGUUCUAUCUCUCUCUUUUUAUUUUUUGUAAUUAAAAAAGAAGCCUUGUCUGGUCUUGUUAUGGUGCGUCGGUCAUGGACUUUGCUGUUCUUUCAUCGACUCUCUGUUGAAGACGACGAGACACGGAGAUAGAGAGACAAAGUUUGAUUUUUGGUGUUUGGGUUUUGUUUUAAUUUGUUUUUCUCUACUGGGUUUGGAGGGGAGAGAGAGAGAGAGAGAGUGAGUUUGAGGAGGUUGAGUGUGAAAUUAGUUACUGAUAUUUUUGUAGUUGAAGAGACAAUUGGAGAUUUAUUUUAUUUUAUUUUUUUGGGUAUUGUUUGAGCGAUUUAUGAAACUAUGUAGUGAAACUCAGUUGAAUUGAAGUGGGUUUUUAUUUUCCACCUCACGAUUUACAUUGAAAUUGUAGAUUGGUGGUCUUGUGCUCAGAGUGAAUUUGAAGCUUCUGAAAUUGCAAAAAAAAAAAAAAAAAUGAAGCUUUUCCAAUUGAAUUUGACACCAUUUUGUUUUGGUUUCAAGUGGAUUUUAGGAAUUUUGUAGGGGAGAUUUGAAGGUGCGAUUGAUUUGGGUUCCAUUUUGAUUAAGCUCUAUUUGGAUCAAUAUCAUUCAUUUCUUUCUCCUGAAUAGAGAAUUCAAAUUUUACUGUGGAUGAAGCAUAAUCUAAAGAAGAAGGGUAAUGAACAGGGUUGUUUGAUUAGAUAAUCAUGAUUACUUUUAUAGAUUCAAAAGAUAAAAUGAAGGAAACUGAGAAAUGCUUAGAUUCUCAAUUAUGGCAUGCUUGUGCCGGUAGUAUGGUGCAAAUGCCGCCAGUGAAUUCCAAGGUGUUCUACUUCCCUCAAGGGCAUGCUGAGCAUGCGAGUGGAAAUGUUGAUUUUAGAAAUUAUCCUAGGGUUCCUUCCUAUAUUGCUUGUAGAGUUUCCGCUAUUCAAUUCAUGGCUGAUCCUGAAACAGAUGAGGUUUAUGCCAAAAUUAGGUUGAUUCCCCUUAAUAGCAACGAGAUUGAGUAUGAAGAUGGAGUUGGGGGAAUUAAUGGACCCGACCAAGAUAAACCCACUUCAUUUGCAAAGACAUUGACCCAAUCGGAUGCUAACAAUGGUGGAGGGUUUUCGGUUCCUCGGUAUUGUGCAGAGACGAUCUUUCCACGGUUGGAUUACACUGCUGAUCCUCCUGUUCAGACAAUCCUUGCAAAGGAUGUUCACGGUGAAACUUGGAAAUUUCGUCAUAUUUAUAGGGGAACACCAAGGCGCCAUCUUCUGACAACAGGAUGGAGCACUUUUGUGAACCACAAGAAGCUUGUUGCAGGGGAUUCAAUUGUGUUCUUGAGAGCAGAAAAUGGGGAUCUCUGUGUUGGAAUCCGGCGAGCAAAGAGGGGAAUUGGAGGCGGACCCGAGUCGUCAUCCGGAUGGAAUCCUGCCGGUGGUAAUUGUGUCAUACCUUAUGGAGGGUUUUCGGCCUUUUUGAGGGACGAUGAGAACAAAUUAAUUAGAAAUGGCAAUGGUGGAAAUUCUAGUGGUAGUGGGAGCUCAACCGGAAAGGGGAAAGUAAGGCCUGAAUCGGUUGUUGAAGCUGCAACACUGGCAGCCAACAAACAGCCCUUUGAGGUUGUUUACUAUCCACGAGCGAGUACUCCGGAGUUCUGUGUGAAAGCCUCACUUGUGAAGGCUGCGUUGCAGAUCUGCUGGUGCUCGGGAAUGAGGUUCAAGAUGGCCUUUGAAACUGAGGAUUCUUCCCGGAUAAGUUGGUUCAUGGGAACCAUAUCUUCUGUUCAGGUUGCCGAUCCCAUUCGUUGGCCUGAUUCGCCUUGGAGACUUCUCCAGGUGACAUGGGAUGAGCCUGAUUUGCUUCAAAACGUCAAACACGUAAGCCCAUGGCUGGUGGAAUUGGUCUCAAACAUGCCCGUGAUCCAUCUCUCACCAUUUUCACCUCCGCGUAAGAAGUUGAGACUACCCCUACACCCCGAUUUCCCUCUCGAUGGCCAACUUGCGAUGCCUACAUUUUCAGGCAACCCGUUACGUCCCUUCAGUUGUCUUCCCGACAAUGCUCCUGCUGGCAUGCAGGGAGCCAGGCAUGCUCAAUACGGUUUAUCUUUAUCCAAUCUACACCUCAAUAAACUACACUCGGGCCUGUUUUCAGCCAAUUUCCCAACAUUAGAUAGUGUUGCAGCAAUGAAAAUUAGACCCUCCAAUCCCGCUAUCACCCAAAAGCCUAGCAGUGGCGAAAAUGUUUCUUGCUCACUAACUAUUGGGAAUUGUACUCCUAAUUCAAAGAAACCGGACAAUGGGAAAGGAACCCAAUUCGUGCUUUUCGGUCAACCAAUACUUACUGAGAAACAGAUCUCUCUAAGCUGCUCCGGAAAUAGUUCCUCAGAUGGGAAUGCAGAUAAGAUUGCAAAUAUUUCUGAUGGUUCUGGUUCUGCACUUCAUCAACCGGAGCAGAGAUCUUCUUGCAAAGGGAUUCUAUGGGAUAAAGAUAAUCAUCGAGACAAAGAACCCAGCUUGGAAAUUGGUCAUUGUAAGGUAUUUAUGGAAUCAGAGGAUGUGGGCCGUACUCUUGAUCUUUCAAUGCUUGGGUCUUAUGAAGAAUUGUACAGAAAACUGGCAAACAUGUUUGGGAUUGAAAGUUCCGAGAUGUUGAACCAUGUGCUCUACCGGGAUUUGACUGGUUCUGUCAAGCAGAUUGGAAACGAACCAUUCAGUGACUUUACGAAGACAGCAAAAAGAUUGACAAUUUUAAUGGAUUCUAGCAGCGACAAUGUAGGAAAUUAGGGAGGAGAGAAAAAGAAAAAAAGAAAAAAUGUACAGCUUAAUGACUGAAUGGUUCGUCCCCUUGCUGACCCAUCCUACCGACAAGAUUUGUCAUUCUUCAAUUUUCAAUUUAGACAUCAUUUCAUGUCCUGAUUCAAGAUUUUCUCAGUAAUGGCUUCCAUUUUUGUUCAAACAACUUCCUACGAAAGAAUGCUUUCGUGUUUUUUGUGUUUUUGUUUUUGUAGGACCAUGUCUGUGGAUUUUAGGCAUUUGGAAAUUGGAUUGGAGCCUUCUAAGAAGGCAAUUCCAUGAAGCAAUGUGUGCUUUGUUUUCUUUUGGGGGGAAAUUUUCUAGUGCUGAUGCUAUUUGACUAGAAACUUUUUUUUGUUUGUUUGUUCUCUUUGUGCUUGUAAAGAUUUAGAUUUUGUGAAGUGGAAAGAUGUCAUUGUCUUUCUCUGCCUUAUCUUUGUUCACACAAUUGUUUAUUAUUUGCCAAUUCAAAGUAUUCAGUGUUUUUAGACUA